AUGUUCAAGCAUAAUUAUCAGGGUGGAGCGGUGGUUGAGAUCUUCAGUGCCCAGGGGAAAGACCCGGUUGCAAAAUGGAAACUAAACGGAGGGCCAUCAACCAUACGUAAAGAGUAUCAUAAAGAAGUGAGGGGGUCUGUGUACUGUCUGGAGGGCUGCAGUCAGACUGUUAAAAUGCAAAUGCCGGAGGAUGGUAAAAUGUCUCUCGGUCUCCUUCAGAGAUUCUUGGUCCUUCAAGUGAAUAUUCCUCAGUGCAAAGAUUUCUCCAUUGAGCUAGUGGUAACUGAUAUAGGGCACCUGAAAAGGAGACUUUACUUAUCGACAGUGCAUAAGGACCUGUCCAUUACACCUUUGCAUGCAAGGAUACCUUUAGUUGGACUGAAACGCAAUAUUUGGUCUAACUUGUGCAUCGACCUUGUAUCAUUCACCGGUGAACUGUUCAAGGGUGCUGGCUUUCUGACACUGGAUGGCAUCACUUUGUCUGCUAGCUGCAAACUACGAAAAAUCUUCACAAUGAAAACAGAGCCUGCAGGAGUGUCAGAUAAUGACAUGUUUCUCAGUGGAGCUGGUCUCAUGGACUUGAUCCCUCGCAGUUGCCAUUUUCAACCUGAUGUAAACCACAUAACCCUGGUAUUGAAUAUGGACAUGGUGCGGAAGGCAGAUGUGAGGACUGGUCUUGUGAACACUGACACUGCACCAGAUCAGUCUGCCACAAGUAGGACAGCCAGUUUGCAAAAAAACAGGCCGCAGGGUUUCUCACACACAGCCUUUGGCACAAGGGUUUCAGGACCGCCUCCUCAAACUGGAAGGAAAAACAAUCCCUCAGGGGGAAUGGAUGGAAGUGCAACCCAUGCCCUGAAUAUGGGUCCCAACUCUAGUGCUAGGAGAGUCCAAAAAGUUGCCAAAGACAGCAUUGCCAGCCCAAGUGAAAAAUCAUCACAUGGAGAGCCUUGCCAGACUCCUUGUGAGAGCAAAUUUGGAUUGGCGCUCAUAGGGACAUCUGGCACCUUACAGCCCCAUCCCCCAAAAGAUAGGCAGGGCUCUAAGAAGCUGCGGAUCCAUAGUUCUGUGCGAGAAAGGCUAGCGUCUUCAGCCCCUCCUGUGAGAGAGACUGUAGAGAUGUCCAUCUCCCCGUCUAGCAGGCCAGAGAGCAUCCAAAAACCUCUUACCCCAACUGAGAAGAGUGGACAUCAGAUAUCAGGUCAGACUGUCAUUGCUGCAAACGGAGAGGCUGCAGGACACUGUCAGCACCAGGGAGACAAUCCUGCGAAGGAAAGUGCCGAUGACAUUCUGACACCAGUAGAGUCAUCAUCCUGCUGUUCCAGGCCAGGUUUCUCCUUUGAAAGCAGCCUUUGGGAGAAAGAUGAGGAGUGUGAGCCCCAGCUGAUCCUGGGAGAGGAGGUGUUUACUUUCUCAUCCCCGCCUCACUCAACCAGACGAGGGCAGGGACAUAGUGACCAGGAGACCAUGGAGAUGAGAGACAGUCAGGUUCAGAGGAAAAGUGGGGGGCGCAAUGAAGCCCAACCCCAGGACGAUUUUAUAGGUAGUGAAAGUGAUGAGGAUGGGAUGUUCUUCCAUCAGACAACUACUGUUGACUCUAGUCCUGCCACUCUCAAAUUUCCUGAUCCAGCUCUUGAUGUCCAUCUGAAAGUCCAACCUUGGACUCAUAGCGCAAACCAAACAUUGCCCAAAGAGCUCAGCCCAGCCACCACCAACAUGCACACUCAUUCCCCUUCCAGUAGCAGAGUUGAACCAGCUGGCAUAGUGCCGAAACGCUGCCUCUCACCCAGCGGUAACAGACACAGCCACAAAAUUUGCCCAUGUGGACCAAGGAUUGUGAGCCAGGUUCUGGAUGAGAGGAGCAGUGCAUCGUUUUGUAGGAGAUUUCUGCAAGAAGUUAACCUUGAAGACUCGAGACAGCACAAGGAAGAUGAUGAAAAGAGACAGGAGCCUGUUGAUUCCAGCACUGGUGAUUUGCACAAGCUCAGCAAUAUACGAACACAGGGGGAUGACGAUGAGGAGCUAAGAAUGCUGGCCAGUCUAAAGCGGGAGCAGGAGGGAGAUGAAUGUGGAGCAUCGGGCCUCAGUGCAUCACAGAUCCACCAUUGUAAUAUCAGCAUCAGUAUGAGCAGUGAUGACACCACUACCUGGACCCACAUCCCCAUGCCAACUAAUCAGGGUCACCACUAUCAGAAGGAAAUGAAUCCCCUCCUACACUCCAACCCCAGGGAGUGGAUGGAUGUGCUCAGCCCUCCCAUUAUCCCUCCCAGCCAGCAGAGGGGGUCAGGCAACAGAGAGCGCCAUCAUGAAGGUCUAAUCAGAGGAGGGGAUGUGUCAGUGAAUGAAGAGGAGAAUAUGGACGAGUAUUUAAAUCUGCUGUACGAUCCGUGCCUGAACUGCUACUUUGAUCCACAGACGGGGAAGUACUAUGAACUAGCUUGACUCAAAGCUCGUGAGAAUCAAAACUGAUCAAUCAGAUGUCAUUGGCACUGAGUGAAUGCUUUCAAGAUUGCUCGAAGCCUGUCUUACUGAUCGCUAAUGAAGACCCUUUUCAUAAAAAAAAUGUUUUCCUGCGGAUGCGUUUGUUUCUGAGAAACUAGCAGCAGCUUUUUCUGCAAUU